AUGACCUGGGCACAGAGACAUUUUGCAGACCUGAAGUCCAUUUACCUUCUGGGAACAGAAAAUACUACAAUGUAUUUUCUCAGCGGAGUAGCAGUGGAUCCAGGCAAAUUGUCAUUGGCGGACAGAGUAUUUCAAAAGAUUACUAGCCUUUGGGGAGUCGUGAUGGCUACAUCAAAGAAAAGUAGCAAGUUUCUUUUCAAUGAAAUUCAGUCCCUUGUCAGAGGGAAUGGAUGCUCGAACAAGCCGAUGGCACGUCUAUCACGUGAUUGUUCCUAUGCUCAGAAGAUUUCAGAGAGAGAAUGCGGAGCUCACUGCCAUUCUGCCAUACUGACCUUGAAGGCCCUGGGUUACCUGGUUUGCUCCUACUCCUAUCUCAGGAAAAACCAUUGGGAAUUGAUAGUCAUUCCUCAUCUCCUGUGCGAAGGCCUAGUUUUUUUAUAAGAAGCCCGUGGAAAAAGACAACCUUUUGCUUCUUAUUAUAGGAUCCGAAACACCUUCUCAGAUCGGCCGUGUUGAAUUCCGUUUCUUCUCCUACAGUGGUGGAAAUCUUAAAUUUUCGUCAGUCUGGAAUUGACAUAGGUUUAGGUCUUAAUACACUCAACGUUCAAAUGUCUGCCCUUUUAGCUCUCAUGGAGUGUGUGUUUCAUGAAGAUAUUAUGCAUUUCAUAAACAGUCAUUAAAGGACCACUCUAGGCACCAAGACAAAUUCAUUUUAAUGAAGUUGUCUUGGUGCCAGGUACCUCCUACUUUUUUUUUUUUUUUAAUACACUGCCGUUUCUGAGAAAAUGCAGUGUAUUUUUUUUCCCCUAUUCCCACCUCCAAUGGCUGUCUCUGAGACUAGUGCUUCCGCAAUCCUCACUGUUAGAAUCACAGUGAGCUGACGUCUAACGUUAUUCCCUUGUAAUGCAGGCAUCUCAGAUGUGAGCGCGCCUGCAUUAUAGCCUAUGCUGAGCUGUGAACGCGCCAGAACGCGUUCACAUCUCAGUUUUAUUCCUCGAGGGCAAGUGUGUGAGAGAGAAUCUCGCACUGAAGACAGAGUGCCGAAGAAGAAUGUUGUUUAGUUACAUAUAAAAACAUUAUAACAUAAAUGAAUUUUUAAAACAAUAUUUAUCUUCUUUUCAAUUUCAGAACGCCGAUUUUAGAAUCAUUCAAAGCGCAAUAGAAUUUGUGACAAAUUCAAAGUGGUUAAGGUAAGUUUUAAUUUGUCUAUAUUUUGGGGUAAAGUUUGCCUGGCUCUCUUUGUCUUAUUGUAUGCUUAUACAUAUAGGAUAAAGAGAUAUCUAUGCAAAAAAAGGUUCUGGUGCUGAAAUAUAUUUCUGUAUAUUGCCACAGUUUUACUGUUGCUCGGCAUGUGAAAAGUGCUGCCAUGAAUUUUACCUUUUCCUUUCUUGGGGCUGCAUUUUUCGCCUGCUGGUACACAGUCAAACUCACUUUUUUUCUUUCUUUUUUUUUUUUUUUAAAUGAGUAUUGUCUUGUGUUUUCAAUCUGUAUGUCCCAUUUUAGUAUGCUGUCUUUGGAGCGCAAGAAAAGAGCUGGCCGUUAUCUUGUGCUUCAGCGCAUGCAAGGCAGGCUCUUCUCCUGUGCUUGCUUUCCUUGCGGGCACACAUAAAAUGGCUGUGUCGCUGAACUCCAUUUCUGUAUAUUGCCACAGUUUCACUGUUGCUCGGCACGUGAAAAGUGCUGCCCUGAAUUUUACCUUUUCCUUUCUUGGGGAUGCAUUUUUCGCCUGCUGGUUCACAGUCAAACUCAUGCUUACGUAUCCAUCUAAUCUUAAACUUGAAUUUAAAUUUCUUUUUAAUAUAAUAUUGUUUUGUUUUUAUUUUCAGAUAA